AUGCAUGUCAACAUCAGCACGACGGAGCCCACUGCGGUUCAGUCUCAACUGUCGACUGAAGCGAGCGACCGCGUCAAGAUUGUUUACCUCAGCGGCCCAAUCAAAAUGAUCUUGCCAAUCAACGAACGCGGAGACACCAAGUCCCCGGAUCAAUAUCAGUGCUACCUUCACCCUGAGACAUUUGCUUCUUUCGUAGACAGCGCAGACGCCACCAUCAACGAGACUGUUCUGCGCCGUGGCCCCACCAGUGUCGAGCCCCGUGUUGGAGAUUGCGACAAAGUCAGCUCUACUGACUCUCCAUCCAACAAGCACACGACCAACUCCUUUUCUCCUGCUAUGGAAGCAGACUCAUCCUCAACCAAGCAGGCGGACUGCAAUUACCCCGACAAGACUUUGUCGCCNUUUGUAAGCGCUCUCCAUCCAGAUGAAGAACACAAUCUAACCAAAGGUACAUCCAGCUGCCCUUACAUUCCUGGCAACGAGAUUCUCCUCAAGAAUUCUGAGAGCGAUGAUCCAAUCAAGGCCGUGAUCGUCAAAUGUUUCCCAGCAACUCUGUCUUGCUGUAUGGUGAUUCGUUUCAUCGAGCCGCCUGUCUUCAACCACACAUCUGAAUGCGUGCUCAAGUUGUACGACCGCCGCUUCUCAGCUCAACAUCGCGAAGAUUGGGAGGCACCCCGUUGGUCACCUGAGCUCGAGAAGGAAUACCAGGACUUUGUGGAGUGCGGUGACGCUGAAGAGUUUUUCAGCUAUUGGGAUGCGGAAAAGGAGCGAGAUGGUGAUUGGUCGGCAGCUUACGUGGGAAACCACGACAGAUGGAGUGUCGCAAAGCGCGAGGCGUAUCUCCAGUGGGAUGCGACGAACACCUACGAGACUGAGAAGAAGGCCUACGAGCACAUGGCCAAACUGCAAGGAGAAGAUGCACCCAAAGUGUUUGGCGAAGUUGUUCUUGGCCAGCCAGCCGCCUUCCAGAAACAAAGCGACGAUGGCGAAGCUGGCGAAGAUGAAGCCGAGAGCAUCCAUGAAGACUCAAAAUCCACCACCUCAACAGAUGCGGACAAUAAUCCCCAGACUGUCGACAUCCCUGGCAUCCUCAUUCAGUACAUCGACGGCUUCCAUCUCACCGAUCUGCAUGAACAUCUGCCCCAACACUGCUGGCAAUCGAUUGUCGACACGGCAAUCGGGAAACUCCAUCACAUCCAGGAAUGCGGCAUUCUCAAUCGCGACGUCAACACACGUAGCUUCAUGGUUGAUCCUCUAACCCACAAAGUCAUGAUGAUAGAUUUCGGUAUCGUCCUGUUCCGUGAAGAUUUUGAAGAUGACAGAGAGUGGGAGAUGCUGCAAGCAGAAGAAGAUGAGGAAGGCGCUGUCGGUCUGCUCAUGCAGACUUGCUUGAAGGAAAGAGGCGGAGGCAGUAUCACCUACAAGCCCAGCGAACACUAUUGGAGAUUGAAGUAUCGUUUCAGGGGCAUGGAAGGCGAAAGAGAGGGCGGUACCGAGGAAGAGGAAGAGUACUUGAAGAAGCACAAAGCUUUUGUCUUCGAGUAA